AUGGAAGGGGGUGGGGCACCUCAGCCUGCUGACACCGAGGUUUCCGAGGCAGCUCCGCCGCAAGAACAGCCCAAACCACCGCACAUGCCGGUCGGGAUUGAAAUUUCGGCGACUCCUAGUCACGGCGGCAGGUUUAUUCAAUAUAGCAUGUUGGCCAGCAUUUUCGAGAUCACUGCUAAAUAUAAACCCCCCAUCAUUCCUAUCGGUAAAGGCGCCUACGGCAUCGUUUGGUCUGCGUUGAAUUCGGAGACUAAUGAAAGGGUCGCAUUGAAGAAGAUCUCGAAUGCGUUUGAUAACAAGGUUGAUGCGAAGAGAACUCUUCGUGAGAUCAAGCUGCUUCGCCACAUGAAACAUGAAAACAUUGUUGCAAUCAGGGAUAUAAUUCCACCACCCCAGAGGGAAUGCUUUAAUGAUGUUUAUAUUGCAUAUGAGCUGAUGGCUGCAGACCUGCAGCGGGUACUCCUUAUGGAACAAAAAUUUACAGAAGAUCAUUAUCAGUAUUUCCUCUAUCAAAUAUUACGCGGCCUGAAAUAUAUACACUCCGCAAAUGUUCUGCACAGGGACUUAAAACCUGGCAACCUUCUUGUGAAUGCUAACUGUGACUUGAAAAUAUGUGAUUUUGGACUGGCUCGUGUCUCCUCCGAAAGUGAUCUUAUGACGGAAUAUGUUGUUACUAGAUGGUACCGCCCACCGGAACUGUUGUUGAAUUCUUCGAAUUAUACUACAGCCAUUGAUAUAUGGUCGGUGGGUUGCAUUUUUAUGGAAUUGAUGAUUCGGAGGCCAUUAUUUCCUGGAGAGUAUCCUGUGCAACAGUUGCGAUUGCUUUUGGAGCUAAUUGGCACUCCAUCAGAAGCUGAAAUGGAAUUUUUGAGUGAAAAUGCUAAGAAAUACCUACGAACUCUUCCUGUCUAUCCCCGUCAAUCUUUCGCAGAAAAGUUCCCAAAUGUCCAUCCUUUAGCUAUUAAUCUUGUUGAAAAGAUGUUGACGUUUGAUCGCAGAGUAAGGAUUACCGUUGAAGAUGCCCUUGCUCACCCCUAUCUAUCAAAACUGCAUAACAGAUGGGAUGAGCCUGUUUGUAUGAACCCCUUUAGCUUUGAGUUCGAGCGGAAUGCAUUAACUGAGGAGCAGAUAAAGGAGUCAAUAUACCAGGAGGCACUUGCAUUCAACCCACAAUAUCGAUAGCAGUAACGAGGCUUUGAAUCAGUGCUGUAAAAAUGCUUUUAUGUUUUGGGAUUGGUGAUCAAUUUCUUCCUGUACAUAGGUUCCAUCCAGAACAGGAUGAGCUCUUGAAUUGAGAUAUGGGCAG